AUGGGCCUCAUCUAUGGCGCGCUGCCCGGCGUGGACGCAGACAAGCUAGGCAGGCGACCUGUAGACGACGAGCAAUACAUGGAUGCGCUGGGGCCUGACGAGGAUCGCGGCGGCGCAGCCCUGCUCCUCCUUGGCCGCCCUGACCUGGCGAGGCAGGGCACCUCCCCGGAGCCGGCCGUGCGGCGCAGGGCUCUAAGGCAGCCUACGACGGGAGCGGACACCAGCGCCGGCGCUGAACGAUGGAAUGCGAUGACACCGGUGACAUAG